UUUUUGGUAUUUGACAGCUCGUCCUUCCACUUUGCACAACUAUUUCCACGAUUUUCCAUUUUCCGCAAUCGAAAGUUUUGCGAAUUCUAGGUCGCGAAACAAUUCUCUAGACAACGAACACAAGUACCAAAGCAACCUAACAAUCAUGGCCGCUAGCCUUCUGCUCAGAAACGCCUGUCGUCGCUCGCUGUUCCAGGGUUGCUAUGGUCUCAACGGAAACCAGACUCUGCCAACACUCGCGGCCGCCCGCACGAUCGUGCUGAAACCGGUCAAAUCCGACGAACGUCCGGGCGAGUCGCACGACGAUCGGAAUGCCCGCCUGAAGCGACCGCAAUCCCCGCAUCUGACCAUCUACAGCUUUCAGCUAACGAGUACCCUCUCGAUUACCCACCGAUUCACCGGACUGGCGCUGACCGGAUACAUAACCGCGCUCGGACUCGGCGCCCUGGUCAUGCCGCACGAUGCCACACACUACCUUACUAUGCUCGAGGGUCUCAGCGCUCCGACGCUGAUCGCGCUCAAGUUCAUGCUGGCCUACCCGUUCGCCUACCACACCGUCAACGGUGUGCGCCAUCUGUUCUGGGAUAUGGGCAAGUUCCUGACCAUCAAGGAGGUGUACACCACCGGCUACACGAUGUUGGGUGUGUCCGGUGUGCUGGCCGGAGUAUUGACGGCCCUGUAAAAAAUGAAACCCGCGCUCCAGCAAGGGAACGAGUAUUCUUCGCUGCAUAAAUUCGCUAAUUUAUUGAACCAAACCCAUCUGUGCUUAGUGAAUCCGGGCGAACAAAGUAACACACGCCUUUUCGUCGAAAUAAAACCAAAUUGACUUACAACACCAAACGCGG